AUGGUCAGAGGCUCAGGCAAAUUCAAGGCCAAGCGCGGCGGUGGUCGUAGCUUCAGCCGACACCUUGAGCUCGACGAGAAUGGUAUCGCCGGAGCCGUAGAUCGCCGUCCCCGCAACCAAGGCGAGGAUGAAGAUGAUUCCGACGAAGAGGAGGAGGAGGAAGAGGAAGAAGAGGAAGAAGAAUCUGACGACGGUCUCGGUGGCGGCUCUUCUCAACCCGGGCAACCCGAAAUGACACGACAAGAGCGUAAAGAGCUCAAGAAGAAGCAGGCGGCGGAGAAGGCCAAGGCCAAAGCUAUCGCUGAGGGAGACGAAGAGGAGGACGAUCUGCUCAUCAAUCCUAACCGUAUGGCCAAGAAGAUGGACAUCUCUAGCCUGAACGAGCCGAAGCAGCUGUCGCGCCGCGAACGGGAAGCGAAGGAGAAGAAGGAGGCGCAAGAGAAGUAUUGGAAGCUUCACCAACAAGGCAAGACCGACCAGGCGAAGACCGACCUUGCGCGUCUCGCGAAGAUUCGCGCCGAGCGCGAGGCCGCUCAGGCGAAACGUAAGGCUGAAGCUGAGGAGAAAUCGAAGGAGAUCGCUGCGAAGAACGCUGCUCAACGUCGCUGA